ACCGAGUUCGGGGCCUUGGGCCUGCUUUACGUUGUGCCGGAGGCGAGGGGUCAGGGCUUGUCCAAGGUCAUCACGAGUCACCUGGCGCACACGUUUUUCUCGAGAAACUUGCCUGCGGCCGUCAUCAUAGUGAAUACCAAUGGUGUGUCCUUGAAACUGCACGAGAGUCUGGGCUUCAAGGUCAAGUGCACCCUGGAGAUCUUGCAUUACACCCCUGCUAACGAUCAGACGCCAAUGUUUUAACUUUUUUUGUUCAGACAUUAUUGGUUCUAGUUGUGCUGCAUGGAGUUAGGAACUCCUUCACCCAGCCAACACUCGACCUCCCCGUAAAAAUGCACCGCAUCUCCUGAUGUGCAAUUUGGUUUUUGAUUUUCCUUUGAUAGUUUAGUUCCCGUGUUGUUGAAAUAAAGAGCCAAAUAAAAGGAUUACUGUGAAAACUGGUUGGAGAAAGGAAUGAAGAUUUGCGUGUAUAUCUCUUUGGAAAAGUGAAUGGAGAAUCGCAUGGAUACAUUUCUGGAUAACUGUUUGGGUAAACGUAUUAAGAAGUGGGUAGAGAACCGUAUGGACACCUUGU